UUUUAUUCUCAGGUUAAAUUAGGUGUACAGUAUGUAAUUUGGUACAGAGUAAAGAGUACUGUUCCCAUUUUUAACUCGAACGACGCUUAUAAGUACUACCCAUCCAUUUAGACAGUGGCUUAGAUUAUUUUGCUAAUAUCAAGGACCUAGCUAACCAGCUUGUUCGCUUCCCUGUGCUUGGUUGUUUUAGCUAUCUUCUGAAUUCAGUUAGCUUUGCAGCUUGCUGGGUAGAUGAGCAGUGUGAAUGUGUGGCCUGACUUAGCGUGAUGGAGCAGUGUGCGUGCGUUGAGCGGGAGCUGGAGAAGGUGCUCCACCGCUUCAUGACGUACAGCCACCAGUCAGAGGAGCGUCUGGAUGAGCUGCUGAGGAACGUCUGCGAGCUGCGCAGUCAGCUGGUCGCCUUCGGCGUGCAAGAUGCAGACUUGUCCGUUUUCUCUCAAACAAUGACCCAGUGCUGCAAGGAAAUCAAAGAGACAGUGCAGAUGCUGGCAUCCAAACACAAGGACAUACAUGGCAGCGUGUCCAAAGUGGGCAAGGCUAUUGACCGGAAUUUUGAUGCAGAGGUGAGUGCAGUAGUGGCUGAAACCGUGUGGGAUACGCCAGAGAGACAAAAGUACCUCAGUGAAACCAUCGUAGAACAUCUCUAUCGACAAGGAAUGCUCAGCGUCGCUGAAGAUUUGUGCCAGGAGUCUGGCGUGGUAAUUGAUAUGAGUAUGAAGCAACCCUUUCUUGAACUGAAUCGAAUCCUGGAGGCUUUGCGGAUGCAGGACCUCAGGCCUGCUCUAGAAUGGGCCGUGACGAACCGACAGCGUCUGCUGGACCUGAACAGCACCCUGGAGUUCAAGCUGCACCGCCUGUACUUCAUCAGCCUGUUGAACGGCGGCAUCGGCAACCAGAUGGAGGCGCUGCAGUACGCCCGCCACUUCCAGCCCUUCGCCGCACAGCACCAGAGGGAUAUCCAGAUCCUGAUGGGGAGUCUGGUCUACCUUCGGCACGGCAUUGAGAACUCGCCCUAUCGGACUUUGCUGGAGACCAACCAGUGGGCCGAGAUCUGCAACAUCUUCACCAGGGAUGCCUGUGCCCUUCUGGGCCUCUCCGUGGAGUCUCCCCUCAGCGUCAGUUUCGCCUCUGGCUGCAUGGCCCUGCCCGUCCUGAUGAACAUCAAGCAGGUCAUUGAGCAGAGGCAGUGCAGUGGGGUGUGGACACAUAAGGACGAACUUCCGAUUGAAAUUGACCUCGGUAAGAAGUGUUGGUACCACUCCGUGUUUGCCUGCCCCAUCCUGAGGCAGCAGACCUCUGAGAGCAACCCGCCUAUGAAGCUCAUCUGCGGCCACGUCAUCUCCAGAGACGCCCUGAACAAGCUCACCAAUGCUGGAAAGUUGAAGUGUCCCUAUUGUCCCAUGGAGCAGAACCCUUCAGAUGCAAAACAGAUUUAUUUUUGAUGUCACACGGAGGGUGAACCAACGGCGAAAACGGAGGGGUGACCAGAGGCGCGAGCUCCCAGACUCGACACCGCCCCGUCCCACCACCCUCACCAGCUUCUUGUUUUUUUGCCCCCCCCCCCCCCCGCCCCACCCCUCCCGUUCUCGGACAGAAGGCCUUCGGCAACGGUCCUCUCACGUCUUUUUUGGAGCAAGUCAGGCCACGGCAGGAUGGUGCGGAGGCCUCGCCGAUUUUACCAGUAGUGCAGAGUGUGUAAGUGUCCCUGGUCCGGAGUCGUUUAAAUGACAGUUAGAAAACGGAUCACUCAUACAUUCAUUCUUUCAUUCACACACUCAUUCACCCUCAUUACCUGUCUGAUCUACUUUCUUUUGGAUGUGUGUGGCUCUUCUCUAACAUUGAUAGGGGGGGGAUGUUUAUCUUUUCUCCUCUUUCAGGAUUUUAUGUUUUCUUAGUCUGAAAGAUUUUCAUUUUUAUCCCCACCCCACCCCCACCUGCUUUCUUUGUCUGCUCACUUUAGAGGGGGAAAUGUGUGCAACCAUUCUGAACGGGUGAAACACGACACGUCUAUGCUUGACCGUUGUUUAUUUACAGAUGAUAUUUAAACAUCAUUCUAAAUAUAUAAUAUAAAUCCAUAAAUGCAUAGACAUAUUUAGUGACGCGUAUUAAAGGCGGCGUGGGCUUUUCUCAGUUACAUGUGCAUACACAAAGCAUAUUGAAUAAGGUGAAGGUGAAGUCUGUGAAUCUUGUCAGUAAAAAAAUCUGAGGUGAAGUUUAAGACUGUAGAUUUUCUUUUUCCUAAAUAUGGAUUUACUGAUUGUAAACAUUAGAGUGUCUCUUCCCUCCCAGCACUGGGAUGGUGGCAGUAUGUGAGUGAAUGGGGAGAUUUAUAAAAGUUCAUAUAUUCAUGUAUCAGUGUGAAGACUUACUGAUUACUACAAGCCCACAGGGCAGGGAACUGGCAGAUCUUGUGCUUUCUAGGGUUUUCGUUUUUUUUUUUUCUCCUCCUACUUCGAGAUCCAAGCCAUUUUUUCCUUGCUCUGUGUAUGUAUUUAACAUAUAUUUUCUCGAAAAGGAAAAAAAACAACAAAUAAUCUACUGUGAAUUGUGCUGAGAGAGAGACUCAUUUUUCUUUUCUAUUCAUUAGUAGUCAAAUCUCUUUGUAAUAUAUUCAAAGCGUGAAAUAAAUUAAGUAAGUGGUCAUGGUAUGACAUGACACUACUGACUGACCUGCAGUCGGACUCAUUGUGUUUCGUGUCCAUUUUCAGUCACCCCUCUCUAACCUUUCCUCCCCACCCUACCCUCCACGUCUGACUUCAGGAUAACUGCAUCUGUCCCAAUGGAAAAGGUCAACAGGUCGACAUACGCGAGACCCAUUCAGUUCACUUGCACAUUCAUCUGAUCAUGAUGAAUGUUAGGAUGUAAUGUAAAAAAAAAAAAAAAGAAAAAAAAAAGAAACAUUGAUGUCUGUGACAUGUUGCCGUCAUCACGUUCAGUGAGGUGUCACUGGGGUGUUUUUUUGACCUCUCGUCAGUGCACUCGCGUUCCAGAUUUGGUUUGAUCGUGUGUUUGGUGAUUUUUAUUGAUCGGCCAUUUAAUCUCUUUUCAUCAUCAUCAUACCAUUGUCCGUAUUGAACUCCGGAGUAGAUUUCUUCUUCUCUGCUUAGUUGUCAGCAUACAUCAGUUAAGGUUUUCUAGGAGCUUGCUGAUUUGAUUUGGUUUUGUAUUGAAGAUGUUUGAGGCCUGAGGAGAGGACCAUGUUGUAUAAAGACUAUACUGUCCUCUGGGUGAUUCGCUGUUUAUGCUUCUUGGCUUUUUACCAGUGUGCCGACAAACAAACAAAUAGCUACCCUUUAAAUUUUAACGCUUUUGUUGCAAGGCAGAUGUAGUUUUGCUUGCUUUUUUAUAUGAGGAUGUAUGGAUGAUUUUGGAUAAGUAAAUCAAAAACCAAUACCAUUUGAUAAUGGCAGUUUCUGGCAAAAACAAAAACUCAAAACGUCGAAAACAGGAACUUGUGCCACGAGCCUGAGAUUAAUAGGCUGGCUGGAGAACUUCACUUGAAUGUCUGAUCAGCGGUAAUGACGACGGGGAGUGAGGGAGAGCUGGAGGCUAUAAAAGGGUGUUUUGAGGUAAAACCAUUUCAUUAGCCUGACUGAAUAUGGACUCGAAGGCGGCCAAGACGAGAACGAUGUUGGGAGCCACUGCAUACUGUUUUUUUUUUUUCAGCAGCUAAACAAUGUUGGACUGGCAUUUAGGGGGAUCAGUGAUUUUGUGUGUGUGUGUGUCUGUGUGAUUUGUUUGAGAGGUUUGCUUUGAUUGUAGAAAGGACAUGGGAAUGCAUGGGGUCUUGAGUUCAAUUGAUUUAUUUUUAUUUUAUUUUACUUUGGUAGACAAUCACCCAUUGCCUCUCUAAGUACGCACCCAAUUGAAUAGAACACAUCCCAGCCUGUCUUUUCUGACUUCUCACGGUUGACACUUAGCCAAUUGUAUGAUAAAUGUGUGGGUUUUUUUUUUUCUCCUGCUAACAGUUGUUAUGCAACUUCUAUUGUAAAUAUUUAUCCUCUAAUAGUACAGUAUGUUUCAUAUUAUACUUCCAUCUUAAAAUAAAAAAAUAAAAAAAGUUUAUACUACA